CACGCGUCCCCCUGAACCAUGCGUACUGAGGGCUCGCCGUCGACUCUCGGUGAUUGUUGUUAUGAGUGAAGCAGGCCUCGGACUAAAUUAAAAAGUUCUCCCGCCGCUGCCCCGGGAAACCUGCUCAUGGAGGGCAUGGACGUCGAUCUGGACCAGGAGCUCAUGCAAAAGUUUAGUUGCAUGGGCACCACGGAUAAAGAUGUGCUAAUCUCUGAGUUCCAGAGGCUGCUGGGCUUCCAGCUGAACCCGGCCGGCUGCGCUUUCUUUCUGGACAUGACCAACUGGAAUCUUCAAGCAGCCAUUGGAGCAUAUUAUGACUUUGAGAGUCCAAACAUCAACACGCCGUCAAUGUCUUUUGUAGAAGAUGUGACAAUCGGCGAGGGCGAGUCUGUGCCCCCUGACACACAGUUCACAAAGACGUGGCGGAUACAGAACACAGGAACGGAGUCAUGGCCCCCAGGCGUCUGCCUGAAGUACAUUGGUGGAGACCAGUUCGGUCACGUGAAUAUGGUGAUGGUGAGGUCUCUGGAGCCGCAGGAAAUUUCAGAUGUCAGUGUCCAGAUGCAUAGUCCGGCCAAUCCAGGCAUGUACCAGGGCCAGUGGAGAAUGUGUACAGCUACUGGACUUUUCUAUGGAGAUGUGAUCUGGGUGAUCCUGAGCGUAGAGGUUGGGGGUCUGCUUGGGGUCACACAACAGCUGUCCUCCUUCGAGACCGAGUUCAACACUCAGCCGCAUCGCAACGUUGAGGGAGACUUCAACCCCUUCGCCUCACCGCAGAAGAACAAGCAGGACGCCAACGAAGAUAACCUAAAAGACACCAGAGGCCCCUGGGUGGCACCUCUGGACUCCAUACAGCAAGAUCAAAAUGGACUCUCUCACAACUCUGUAAAUAUUACGCCAAAUGGUCUACAAAACAACUUAUCAGUAGUGACUUACAGUCAGGGCUGUCAUGGGCCCUACCCUUUUGGACAGUCUUAAGAGAAAAGAAUCAUCACCACCAGGCAGCUCAGUGGAGCCGUCACUCUGGACUCCCCCUUUUCUGCUGGGUUACGCAGAGGAGCAACAGAUUUCUUAUAAAGACUUGACAACCCUACUCUCCCCUUGCGUUACAACACAACCUAAGAUAUGGACAAGGCUGUUUGGAUCUAAAUCAUCAUUCAGCCAUCUUCAACACGCAUGUGUGAAUGCUAAAUUAAGAUGAGUGCUAGAAAUCCUCAAAGUCAAAUACACAGGUUUUUGUUUUUAUUGUUGCGUUGCUGCAAUAGUCAGGUGAGCUGGUGUGUGUGUGUGAAAGAGUGAGUGUAAGAGACAGGUCGUGUAUGUAUGCUUGUAAGCUUGUGUGGACCAUGCACAAAAGAGAGAUGAAAAAAGCCAUUGAAAAAUAACUUUUGCUUGUCAAGAAAUUUUUAUAAUUUACAUUGUGAACCGUCUGAUUUUACUGAGAAAUCACUUCUUUUUUUAAAGAUAUCGAUUCGUUCUAAACAGAGUUAUUAUCGGAGAUCUCAGCAGUACUUCUAGUCAAAAGUAGCUUUCAGGAUCACUACACAAACUCAACAGUAGUGCUUGUUAAAGGCCAGGAGAUGGAACUGUUGAACCACUGAACAUACAAACACACAGCUAUGUAAAACUACAGCUUAAUAGGCCACUCAGUUUUUCUCAGCAAAGUUCACAAGCAAGGAGUUCUACAGCUCCGAAUUAUACCGUUAUUAUAUUGGUAUGCCCUAUGAUAUUGUCAUUGUGGUCAGUCAUGUGAUAUAUUCAUUUUCCUUCGAUGGUCAAGAGCUUUUGAGCUUGUGUGGUGGUUUAAAUCCUAGAAGCUCACGAUUAUGGCAUAAAUGUUUAGCUCAAGCAUUAAUUUCAGGAAAACUGUUUUUAAUGCAAGAGACUUCAGAAGCACAUUGUUAUGGAUUAUUUGGUUGGGUCUUUUUUUCCCAGGUCCAGAAAGAUUUUUACAAAUUAAAUUUAUCAAACUCUCUUCACUCUUUUUUUUUUUUCCUUCUUCUUCUUCUUUCAUAACUGACAUUUCUUAUUAAAGCCCAUGUAUGAAAUGCAAACAAAUUAAUAUUUACAGGGAAAUAAUGCUUAGCCUAAAUCAUGUUUACACAUCAAGGUUAUGAAAGGACAUGAUGAAUUCAGUAUGUCAGUGUACGUAUUACGCACUAUUUAUAUAAUUUAAAAUGAAGUUUAAACUUUGUAAGAAUGAUUAACACUGAAUAUUUCAGAUUAAGUUUUAAUGUCAUACAGUUAUGAAAUUGGCUGAAAUAAGUGUGCAGCAUCCCAUUUUAAGUCACCAUGUAAAACAAGCCAUCAGAAAGCAUUGCAGAUGCCGCUUUGUGUCCACAGUCACGUUAGGAUAAAUAGCUAAUUAGAAUUUCAUUUAUGAUGAUGAGCUACACUAAGAAACGUUUGGCAAAAUGGCUCUCUUUGCUAUGCAUCUGGUGACUCAUGAAGGGAAUGUCAUUGACACGUAUGUUUUGUCUGUUUUCCAUAUUGUAUAUGUUUUAGUUCAAAUCACUCAUUAUCUAUGCAGUGUUUGAAGGGGAUUAUGUGUUUUUGUUUCUCCAGGUGAACACAAUAUGUUGAAAAUCAUCAAUACCAUAGAGCUAGCUGAGUCUGUCUUUGCCAGAGAGGUUAGACAGGGAAUAUUCCUUCAGCUUUCCCACAGUUUUCCCACAGCUCAAGGACAGUGUCGUGGUCUCAUGAGUCAAGUCUUCCUUGGAGUUGUAUUGGUGAAUGUCCUCAUCCCAACUGCAGAUAUAAUUAUUUCUUUUACUGUUGCUGUCUGGCUUAUGUGUGCGAGAGGCUGUAUUUGAGUGAUAAGUAGCUCUGUUGUGCUUUCUUUUUCAAUUUCUUUUCGUUUGCUGUUGUUUUCCGCACGGUGGCAUGGUGAAUGGAUGAGCAGAGUUGUUGGCAUAGAGAGACCUAUGGUAGCACAUUUAUCAACAAGAGAAAAUACACAAAUGAAACCUUUUUUCCUGUAUGUGUAAAUGAACAUUUCUAUAAUUAAAUCAAUACUUAAGAAUUAA